GGUAACAAGAUGGAGAAAUGGACUAGUUUAUUCCUAUGUUUACUGCUUCCUUUUUAUGGCACGGAUUUUUGAAACUCUACGCAGCCAAUAGAAACAAAGAAGAAGUCACGUGAUACUGUUCUGGCAAUCCUCUGGCAAACUUUCACAUCUGCUUCCCAACCAUUUGGUCAUAUGGGCUGUUUUGACAAAAACUCAUUUCCUGAAAGAAAUAACACUUACUUUUUAUUCACAAUGACUGGUACUUCGUGUAUGGAAAUAUGUCGUUCUGUAAUCUUGAGAUAUGCAGCGACAAAGGGACACCGCUGUUUCUGUUCUAAAAGUAUCAGUAUUUCCCCCUACACUGGAUCAUUCAAAUGCAACUAUACAUGUCCUGGUAAUAAGACAGAAAUCUGUGGGGGAGAAACGUCACUUUCAAUUUAUGAUACAUGGGCAGAUGUACAGGCAACUAUUCCAUCUACGACACCAAACGGUUCAAUGAAAACUACAUCUGAAAUUAUGUCUACUGAACAGAUCGAUCACAAUACAGCAGCUGUACAGACAACAUUUCGAUCUACUACAUCUAACGGUCCCAUGGAAAUAACAUCUGAAAGUGCAAGUAUAUCUACUGAACAGGCUGAUCUCGAUACAGCAUCUGUACAAACAACAAUUCGACCUGUGAUAUCAAAUGGUUCCAUGAAAAUAACAUCUGAAAGUAUGAGUACGUUUUUUGCACAGGCUGAUCUCGACACAGUUCCAGUUUCGAUCACGAUUGUGGCUGCCCUUACAGGAGUCAUCGUCUACUGUAGUAUGCGAAAAUGCCGACCUACUGAUGACCAAAACGUAUUGUUCCGUCGAAAGAUGGUUACAAAAAACACUCAUCUGUUCAAUAGUGCAGCAAAUAAAACGUACAAUGUCAACACUUCUAACGACGAAAGUAAUUGUUCCAAGUAUUCUUCCAAGACCGUGCAGAACUCGAGUGCCAGUUUAUAUGCUGAAAUAGCGUUUGGUAGUACAGAGACGCUAGAAACAUCUGAGAAUGGGUAUAGCACAGUCUCCAUUGGUCUACCUAAGGGAAAAUACACAAAAGACGUAACCGAAUCUAGUGACACAUAUGACACUCUACAUACUGGUUCAAAAGGAAAUACUAUCAAAACAUCUGACUGUUUUCAAUCCGUGUAUGAUCACGUGAUUGUUGGUAACCAUAACAACCAGAGUACUGAUUCUGAUGAAUAUUCACAUCUGCAUACGGUUCAAAUAAACAAUCUCCAUCAUAUCGAUGAAGAUAGAAUAUCGGAUACAAAUAGUGUCCAUUGCGGGGAUCAGGACUACCAAUCUAUUCACGAGUAUGACAUAAUCUAGCCGGAAGGAUGCCCUAUCGUACUUGAAUGAAAAAAAACUUUUUAAUCUGAGGCUUCCUUUCAGCGCACGCAACUUUUAUGUGAAAUAAAGCAACAUCAUCAUGAAAACAUUUCAAUACACAGACGUUAGAUAUAACAUAAUAAUUAUCGUAUUAAAUUGUUUUAACAG